AUGUGCGCAUGGGAGAAAUCUGCAAUAGUUCCUUCCAUUUGGCGAGUUGCUGUCAGUUACAAAAAGGGGAUUGUGUGUAUUUAUUCAUUUAAACCGUCGGAUGUUUCUUCAACUGCAAGCAUCUUACAGUUGAUCCGCUUUUAUGCUCAUGAGGCGGAUAUCUGUCAUAUUGUAUCCCGCUCAAGUGCUUCUGCAUCACCGUCAGAUCCUGAGAUUCUUACAUGUGGACGUGAUCAGAUGGUUAAGGUAUGGAAUGUCACCACUUCAGAAUGCACUUCAUCUUACCAAGUUCCCGGUGAAUUACGUCAACAAUGUGGAAAUGCUGGACGACAUAACGAGAGAAGUGAACAAAAUGGAGCUCCAUGGAUAUCUGCUUGCUACACACCAGGAAGUGAUUCUUCAGUGAAUGUUUUAUUCUCAAGUGUACGAGGUGGAUUAUUUUACUGGGAUUGCAAAGGAACGCCUAGCUGUAUGUCGCUUGACAGUCAAGGACAUUCUAUGCUAAUUUUCUCAAUGCACUACUUUCUUAAUUCACCAGGACUGGUAAUCACUUUGAGUCAAGAUAGAUUUUUGAUUGUUUGGCAGUUGGUGGAAGGAUCUAACCUGUCAGUGGUCCUUAAAGUACCUACAAUGUCUGCAGGUGUUUGCUCUUUAGCUCAAUCUGAAUUUAGCAAUGGUCCCUUAGUUGCAGGUCUUUCAGACGGUUCCAUCAUAUUUUGGAAGUUUCCUGCACCAGAAUUGUUUGGCGAAAGAAAUUUUUCUGAUAAUCAAAACAGAGAAACAAAGUUUGUUUCAAUAUCACCUCGAGGAUGCAAAUCAUCUUCGAUAACCACGCUGUCUUGUCAUCCUUUACCGCAGUUUGAGAAUGUUAUUGCUUAUGGCACUGAAUCAGGUUGUGUGGAGAUUGUAGAUAUUAAUAAGCUACGAAGAAUGAAAUCACAAAAGCGUGAACCGCAGCUGUAUGCAUUUGGUUCAACUGUGUAUCGAGUUGCCUGGGGGCCUUUACUAUUUUCUGAUAUAUAUCGUAGAAAGGCAAAUGAAAGUGAAGAGAGAGCUAGCGAGAUUAAUCAUUCGAAAUCUGAUAAUUCUAGCAUUUCAACAACGCAUAUAAUUGCACAAGAAGAUGAGAAUUCCACCGAGGAUAACGAAGCCUCAUCUAAGGUUUCUUUCUACGUUUACAGCAUAAGUAAGGGUAAAAUUUACUGUCAUUUUGGAUGCAGUCGUCCACCAAUUGAUGUUAGCACAAAAUUCCCCCGUUUUCCGGGUACUACAGAUGAAGACUGGAAAGCAUUGAUCCGUAGUGAGAUAUCAUUCCGUCUUGUCAGUAAAUCUGAACUACCGGGUGUCGAUCUAAUUGCUGAUACUUUUAGCUGUUUAGUAGCUGUUGGUUAUCGUUCAGGUGAAGUUGACAUUUAUGGUUUCUUACGUUCAAACUCAUCAAAUUGUGAGGAGGAGGUGAGGGAGAAGGAGUCUAGACGACUUGUCUUUAUUUGUCGUAUUGUGAAUCAUUCGAAGUGUGUUAACUGUUUAACUUGGUCACGAGAUCAUUACUGGUUGGCUGUAGGUUCCAAUGAAACCUUUAUCACUGUCACAGAUGUCAAAAUUCAAUUAAUCAACUACCUUAAUCAAGGCGAAUACUGUAAGCUGCCGAUUGAACUGUCUACUAGUUUAGCUCGUUUAGAAGGACAUUACAACAGAAUCACAUGUCUAGAUUGGUCUCCACACGAUCCAUUUCUCUUAUUAUCUGCUUCCUUUGACGGUACAGCUAAUGUUUGGAGAAUUCAUCCUGAAAAUAUUGAAAAAGAUAAUUUUUCAAUCUCUAAUUUUCGUGCACUUCGUUCACGUCAUUUUGCUUGUCUAUGGAGUCGUCAAGAGCCUGAUCUUGCAUUCAGUGGUGGUGAAUUAUGUCAUUUAUUCGGUUGGCAACCCUCCGAACAACUCUUCAGUCAACCACCGCACACUCGCCGACAUCGUCCACCCACUGUUAAAAAACUUGUAAAUGAUCAAGAAGCACCGUCCAACGGAGAUAUUUUGUGUUGUGAGCCUGUUCCAACAGAAACAGAAUCCCUUCCUGAUUCUAAAGCACUAAAUGACGAAGAGUUAGAACAAAAGAAAGUAAUAAUAAAAUCGAAUGACAUCCUACCUAAUGGUACUUCUCAUCAAGAAAUGUCUAUUCCACGACAGUGUAAUUCGUCUCGGAAAGUAAAUUCUGCUGGCAUUCGUGAUAGAAGGAAAAGACCUGCUCUUUUUCCUAAUUUAUUCAAUUUUAUGAAUGCUAAUACUAAUAAUUGUGAAUUAGAUUUAGAUAACUCUCCACCCAUUCAACUAGGAUGUUUUCUUUCACAAAUUUUAAAUGCUUCAAAUUUCGUAAGUGAACAAAUGAAUGACAAACAAGUACAAAUUGAUUUGUUACUUCUACUCCCACAAGCUCGUAUGACUCGUGCACGCCUUUUAAAAUAUCUGAAUAUGGAGGCGUCUGGUCACUUGAAGUCAUUUCAUUCUCAACAAAGACCUAACAGUCUUGUGCAUUUGGAUGCAUAUUGUAUUAUAUUAUUAUGGAUAGGUCAUGUGGUCACGGUGGCAUCUAUUAUGUCUUCAGAAGAUCAUAUGCCUUUUUGGCUAUUGUAUGCAGUUCAACUAUCGUUUUCUUCAGAUGGAUCUUCUGGAAGUGUGGAGUUUGAUUUACUAGGUGAAAAGGUGAGUGAUUUACAUAUUUAAACGAGAAAUACAAUCAAAACACUCAUAGACGAAUAUGCAUUUAUACUUUUCAGAUUUUCACCGUUUAACUUCUUUGAAAUGUGUAAAUUUCAGCCAGACACUAAGCAGUUACAAGCGACAUUAUCUCUCUAGUUACAAGCAAAGCAAAUGACGAAGUUCAAUAGGAAAACUUCAGCGGGACCAAACUAAUCCUCAGACUAAAUCAAGUGACUGAAACUCAGCACGCAUACAGAGGGCCAGUUUCGCAUAUGCCAGCUUACACCGUCUCUGGUGUAGACGUGAUAUCCGGCUAUCGACCAAACGAUGUAUGUACUGCUCAGUAGUCCGCUCCGUUGUCGUUUAUGGCUGUGAGACCUGGUCAUUGAAAGUGGAAGGCAUGAAAAGCACGGCUAGCUGUCUUUGAUCAUAGGUGUCUGCGUUCUACCU